CGCCCACUGCGCGGUGUUCUGUCAUUGUAGAGUCUGCUGACUUUAAACAUGGCGGCGCUGCGAGCUAUAGCUGGUACCGGGAGCCGGGUGGCCGGGUGUAUGCUGCGGUGGUCUCCAACCAGUGUACACUUACCGACGAGAUCGGUAGCGCAUUUCACCUUCCUACCUGACCCUGAGCCCAGCGAGUAUGGACCAACACAGAAAAUGAAUCUCUUCCAAUCUGUAAACAGUGCGUUGGAUAAUACACUAUCCAAGGACUCAAGCGCAGUAAUAUUUGGAGAGGACGUUGCCUUUGGUGGUGUUUUCCGAUGUACUAUUGGACUUCGAGACAAAUAUGGUAAAGAAAGAGUUUUCAACACUCCAUUGUGUGAACAAGGGAUUGUUGGCUUUGGCAUUGGAGUUGCAGUUGCUGGAGCUACCUCUAUUGCUGAGAUCCAGUUUGCAGACUACAUAUAUCCAGCAUUUGAUCAGAUUGUCAAUGAAGCAGCAAAAUACCGAUAUCGAUCUGGGGACCUUUUCAAUUGUGGCAGUCUGACCAUUAGAGCACCGUGGGGUUGUGUGGGUCAUGGUGCACUUUAUCAUUCCCAAAGUCCAGAGGCCUUUUUUGCUCACUGUCCUGGGAUAAAGGUGGUGAUACCUAGGAGUCCAAUCCAAGCCAAAGGCUUGCUACUGUCCUGCAUUGAAGAUAAAAACCCAUGUAUAUUCUUUGAACCCAAGAUACUAUAUAGAGCAGCAGUUGAGCAAGUUCCUGUGGAACCGUAUUACAUCCCCUUAUCUCAGGCUGAGGUGAUUCAAGAAGGAAAUGAUGUUACUCUGGUCUCUUGGGGUACCCAGCUUCAUGUAAUUCGUGAGGUUGCAUCUAUUGCCCAAGAAAAACUUGGCUUGUCCUGUGAAGUGAUCGACUUGAGAACAAUUUUGCCAUGGGAUAUUGAAACAGUCUGCAAGUCUGUGGUAAAGACUGGCCGGUUACUAAUCAGUCAUGAAGCUCCAGUAACAGGAGGUUUUGCAUCAGAGAUUAGUUCUACAGUACAAGAAGAGUGUUUCUUGAAUCUGGAAGCUCCAAUAGCCAGAGUAUGUGGUUAUGACACACCUUUUCCUCACAUCUAUGAACCGUUCUAUACCCCUGAUAAAUGGAAAUGCUUUGAUGCGCUGCGGAAAAUGAUUAAGUACUGAUUAAAGCAACACAUUUUUAUAUCUUUGCUCAAGCACAAAAAACAAGAAUUUAUCAAGCGUUCUUACAAGUCACUCAUGUGGAACGCUGUUUUUGGACACUAUUCUGGAAUCAAGAGUGCAAUAAUUAUUAACAUAGUGAAUUUCCAGUAUCUAAUAAAGACCAAACCUAAAAUAUAUCCAUCCUGAAAGUUUUUUUGUUUUUUUAUUGUACUCUAUAUUUACUGACAUACGAUAGAAUAUGCAAGAAAAAAUGUAAUGUGUGAAAAUGUGUUGAUAUUCAUCCAUACAUUUUAAGUUUAUUUAAUACAAUGCCGUCUUGUAUAAAAAUGUUUCCCACUUAGUAAAAAGUUAUUUGUUAAUGAGGA